UGGUCCCCAUCCCUCAAAGCCAUUUGACAAGCAGGGCAGCGAAGAGGCAGAAGGAUCUGGGCCUGUCCGUGAGGCCCCGGGGGACGAUGCUCAUGCAGAAGUUUCGGGCGGUGCUGGACCUGCACCUCAAGCACCACAGCGCCUUGGGCUACGGCGUGGUGACCCUGCUGACGGCGGGCGGGGAGCUCAUCUUCUCCGCCGUGGCGUUCCAGUGCCCGUGCAGCGCCGACUGGAACAUGCGAUACGGCCUGGUCUUCUUGCUGGUGCCGGCGCUCGCGCUCUUCCUCCUGGGCUAUGUGCUGAGCGCACGCACUUGGCGCCUGCUCACCGGCUGCUGCUCCAGCACCUUCGCGAGUUGCGCAUCGGCGCAGCGCGCCUCCUGGGUGUGCUUGCACCUCAGCUGGGCCGCAGCGCUCGCGCCCCUCACCUGGGUGGCCGUGGCGCUGCUCGGGGGCGGCUUUUACGAGUGCGCGGCCAGCGGGAGCCCGUUCUUCGCGCAGCGCCUGUGCCACGGCCGCGACCACAACUGCUCCGCGGAGCUGCCGCUGGUGCCGUGCAACCAGGCCAAGGCGUCGGACGUGCAGGACCUCCUGAAGGAUCUGAAGGCUGAGUCGCAGGUGUUGGGCUGGAUCUUGAUAGCAGUUGUUAUCAUCAUUUUUCUGAUUUUUACAUCUGUCGCCCGAUGCCUAUCUCCAGUUAGUUUUCUGCAGCUGAAAUUCUGGAAAAUCUAUUUGGAACAGGAGCAGCAGAUCCUUAAAAGUAAAGCCAAAGAGCAUGCAACUGAAUUGGCAAAAGAGAAUAUUAAAUGUUUCUUUGAGGGCUCGCAUCCGAAAGAAUAUAAGACUCCAAGCAUUAAAGAGUGGCAGCAGAUUUCAUCACUGUAUACUUUCAAUCCGAAGGACCAGUACUACAGCAUGUUGCACAAGUAUGUUAACAGAAAAGAGAAGACUCACAGUAUGAGGUCUACUGAAGGAGAUACGGUGAUUGGUGUUCUUGGCUUUGUAGAUUCAUGUGGUAUAAACAGCACUCCUGGGUUAUGACCUUUUGAAUGAAUAGAAAAAAAAGUUGUUUUGAAUUAUUGCUUUAUUAAAAAAUAAACAUUGGUA